AUGUCGUCAAGGGUGGUGAAGAAUCCUGCUAAGCUCGAGGUGUCUGUCGACGGCAGGGAGACCUGGUCCGGCAAAGUCGACUUCCUCUUAUCUGUCAUCGGAUUUGCCGUAGAUCUAGCCAAUGUUUGGAGAUUCCCUUACCUGUGCUACAAAAACGGCGGCGGAGCCUUUUUGGUUCCGUACUGCAUCAUGUUGGUUGUGGGCGGAAUUCCUCUCUUCUACAUGGAGCUUGCCCUAGGUCAGUUCAAUAGAAAGGGAGCGAUCACCUGCUGGGGUCGUAUAGUACCGCUUUUAAAGGGAAUCGGAUACGCCGUGGCCCUAAUUGCAUUCUACGUCGACUUCUACUACAAUGUGAUCAUUGCUUGGGCGCUGAGGUACUUCUUCGCCUCGUUCUCCAGCCUUCUACCUUGGACCACCUGCGACAAUCCGUGGAACACACCGCAUUGUCGCGCAUUCGACGCGAACGUUUCUUACACAUUCGACGGUUUGUCUAUGGUCGAUACACUGGAUCCACGAGACUCCAGUAAUUCGACCAUGAUUGAAGAUUACUUGGACAGAUCCUCUAAUCUAGGGUACAACAAUACAUGGUACACCAGUGCUGCACAAGAAUACUUUAACCGGGCUAUCCUAGAACUUCACGAGAGUGAAGGAUUGCACGAUCUUGGAGCAAUUAAAUGGGACAUUGCGUUGUGCUUGCUGGUGGUCUACGUUAUUUGUUACUUCUCGUUGUGGAAGGGUAUUUCCACUUCCGGAAAGGUAGUUUGGUUCACGGCUCUGUUUCCGUAUGCUGUUCUACUAAUUCUGCUUAUACGAGGCGUCACGCUGCCAGGAAGCCAGGAAGGGAUACGCUACUAUUUAAAUCCUAACUUUUCCGCUAUCACUAAAGCAGAGGUAUGGGUGGAUGCCGCAACGCAGGUGUUCUUCUCUCUUGGGCCGGGCUUCGGGGUGCUGCUGGCUUAUGCGAGCUACAAUAAAUAUCACAACAAUGUUUACAAGGAUGCUUUGUUAACCAGCCUAAUUAACAGUGCAACAUCGUUUGUCGCCGGAUUCGUGAUCUUCUCUGUGCUCGGUUACAUGGCUCGCGCGAGCGGAAAAUCGAUUCAGGACGUAGCGACUGAAGGACCCGGUCUAGUGUUUAUCGUCUACCCGGCUGCUAUCGCAACUAUGCCUGGAUCUAUGUUUUGGGCACUUAUCUUCUUCAUGAUGCUGCUUACUUUAGGACUGGACAGCUCGUUCGGAGGUUCUGAAGCGAUAAUAACUGCUCUCAGCGACGAGUUUCCAAUUAUCGGGAACAAUCGUGAGAUUUUCGUCGCUUGCCUUUUCACGCUUUACUUCCUCGUCGGAUUAGCUUCGUGCUCACAGGGCGGUUUUUACUUCUUCCACCUGUUGGAUCGUUACGCAGCCGGAUACUCGAUGUUGUUUGCAGUUUUAGCCGAAGCGAUAGCCAUUAGCUGGAUCUAUGGAACGGAUCGAUUCUGCGCGGAUAUUAAAGACAUGAUCGGGUUUUCGCCAGGGAUUUACUGGAGGGUCUGCUGGAAGUUUGUCGCUCCAAUAUUUCUUAUGUUUAUUAUCGUUUAUGGCUUAAUGGGCUACGAACCAUUGACUUACGAGGAUUACGAGUAUCCAGUCUGGGCAAACGUAUUAGGCUGGUUAAUUGCGAGUUCCUCAAUUGCCAUGAUACCUGGCGUUGCAAUUUACAAGAUCAUCGUCACUCCGGGCACCUUCAUGCAGAGAUUGAGGGUGCUCACAACACCCUGGAGGGACACCCAGCAAAGGAAUGUGGAUUUAUCCGCGGUGGUGAACGGCGCUGUUCGUCGUAGCUUCAUCGGGGACCAGGACUUGAAUCUCACCGACGAGCAAAGCGAGUUAACCAAGGAACAAACGGAGGUGAUGAUCCAGUCCGGGGAGGGUAUCAACGGAGAUCCACCCCCGGAGCCAGUCUAGGACAGUGCGGU